UUGAGGCCCGAAAGGUGUGAUUAUGCUGCAGCUUCAGAAGAAAUCCCUCACAAUUCGAAUAUAUUAAUGACGUAAAGGAUAUGGGGUAGUGAAGAGAGUUAAUGGAGGUUGAAGAUGCAGUUUACGUUUGAUGUUAACUUCACGUGCAAUGGGCCAUGGAAAACUAUGUGUACAGUGCAAAUUUUCCGAGUCUUGGCUAUUGUUGUAUGGGUUGCGGGUGAUACAGUAUGAAUUCACACUAACUCUAAGUGCCCUAUAUCACCAAUGCCUCUAUUUGGUGGGGGUCCGACUACAUCUCUUUUCUUCAUACAGUCACGUAUUGGUUAAUACAACCAGAAUGUCUGCCGAAUCACCUCCAAGGUACAUUUACAAGAUUGUUCCUUCACCGCCUGGUGACCCUUUUCCUAAGGAACACCCUCUAUCGGAACUCGACCAGACUGAUGGCUUUGUUCAUCUAAGCACAUCCACUCAAGUACCUAAGACCGCCGACUUAUUCUUUACUAGAUCAUCCUCACUUUGGGUCAUCAAACUCGAAUUCAGGCAAUUUGCUGAUUUCAUCAGGUGGGAGGGCGGUUUUCCCCAUUUGUAUGGUAACUUCGGGGCGGAAAAUGUCGACUCCACUAUGAAGUUUGUUCGUGAAGAGAGUCAAACAUGGGCUGAAGUCAUGGCAAAAUCGGAAUGGCUGGACUGAAUAUGUUCUUUAUUUUGUAAUGGCAGCGGACUUCUGG